AUGGCAUUGCUCGCACGUAGCGCUGUGCGAUUGAUAACACAUGUCGAGCGAGUUGCCAUGCCAGUGAGGGCCUUCUCCGUUACGCCAUCCAUAUUUGCAGAACGCAAGUACACCAAAAAGCACGAGUGGGUUUCAGUGGAAGGAGAAUUGGGCACUGUUGGCAUUACGGAUUUCGCAGCGGAGCAACUUGGCGACAUUGUCUUCGUUGAACUUCCAGAAAAAGAUGCCAAAAUCGUGAAAGGAGAAUCAACAGGAGCAGUAGAAAGUGUCAAGGCAGCUUCUGAUAUCUACGCACCCGUGUCUGGCACAGUGACAGAAAAGAAUGAAGUUCUCGAGCAGGAGCCAGGAAAAAUAAAUAAGAGCCCAUUUGGCGACGGUGAGAUGAAAUGCUUUCUACGAAACUUUUUUAAUGCUGCUGCUCUCGGGAGAGGGGGGGGGACAAGAGAGAGG